UGUUCUUAUAAAAAAUAAUCUAUUAAAUUAUCAAAAGGGUUCAUAUAUAAUGAUUAUUCAACAAAAUAAGGAAAAAUCAAGGUCUAAUAAUGAGACAUAUGUGCUUUACAUUUAAUUUUCUUGAAACAAAAAUUAUAAGUUGAAAUAAUAUUCAAGGCUUAUUUUUAUUAUUUUUGGAACCCUACAAAUUAAUUAUAGAAAUUAAUUUUGUAUAUAGCUGAAGAACACUAGGGUUACAUAAAAAACCGUAAGUAGUUACUAUGUUUUUAUGUCGAUUGAAAAAAAAUGUUUGUAUCUUGGUCUAUAUAUGACAGUAACCGGCCAUGUCUGGAUAAUAUAUAUGCAUAGCAUGAGUGGGGCUGAGCACUAGCAGACGACUGCACAGAGGUUAAAAGAAGAUGCAUUUGCGGGAAGCAUUCUAAAAAGCUGCUGUAAUUUAUAAAAUUUACUUUAUAGUAAAAGAUUAACUGAAAAUUGUGGUUGACAAAAUGAAUGUUGGAAGAAGAAUAUUCAAUGCCAUUCGAUUAUCUAAUCGUACGUACAGUAAGCUGCCGCCAGAAUUAGUUGUUUUUAUGGAUGAUAGCAUGGUGGUAAGCUGGCAUCCAGAGCAACCAUUUCCUUAUGAAUGUUCGAAACCAUUGCCACCAAUGAUUCCAAAACCUACAUCUGUUUUGAAAAUUGGAGAAGCCGAAAUUAAAUCAGUGUUUCAUAAAACCAAUCCAAAAAUGACACCACAUGAACUUGCAAAACUUACAUAUACCACCAAACACAGAUGGUAUCCCAGAGCUCGGUCCAAGAAAGCUAAAACUACGUUGCCUGAUAGACCAUAUUUGUAAGAUAUUUGUAAAUACCAAAGUUUUUAAUGAAUCAUUUUUAUUUAAUAUUAAAAUUUCAUUUUUUGUUCUUUUCUUUUAACAUUUAAUAUCAAAUAAUGAUAUAUCAUGAUCUAUCAAAUGUUUUUGAGAAAAAUUAUAUUCUUAAGUCUGUUCAUGUAAAAUCUUGUAUUUACAAAUACAAUUAAAAGCUUUGUCACUCAUAAAAAAGACUUAAUUAAUAUAUUCACAAGUAAAUAUUUCAAAUUUGGCAUAAUUAUUCAGCAAAUACAUUAAGUAAUUAUAUUAUAAGGUACUAGAUGAUUAAAAUUUUACUUUUUAAAGAGGA